GAUCCUCUCUCACACACACAAACUCCUCACGUCACUCCCACUUGCUCCACAAACAAACACACCACAUUACAACAUUGCCACAUUCUAACCAUUACAUAGCAUUUUCUACACUCUAUUCUCAACUCUCUGUUUCUCAACAGAACCAGAGAAUGCAGCACUUCAACCUCAUUACGAUCUUCAUCGUACUUUGCCUCACCCUUCUCACUCCCACUAAUGGAGGUUCCAUAGGAAUAAACUACGGUCGCAUAGCAAACAACCUCCCCUCCGCCAUGAAAGUAGUUCACCUCCUCAAAUCACAAGGUCUCGACCGUGUCAAAGUCUACGACACCGACCCUUCAGUUCUCCGAGCAUUAUCCGGAUCCCAAAUCAAAGUGACCGUCGACCUCCCAAACCAACAACUCUUCGCCGCCGCAAAAGCACCCUCCUUUGCUCUCUCAUGGGUCGAACGCAACAUCGUAGCUUACUACCCACACACCCAAAUCGAAGCCAUUGCAGUCGGUAACGAAGUCUUCGUCGACCCUUCCAACACCACAAAGUUCCUCGUACCCGCCAUGAAAAACAUCUACAGAGCCCUCCAAAAACACAACCUCCACAACAACAUUAAAGUUUCCUCCCCUAUAGCACUCUCCGCACUUGGUAACUCUUACCCUUCCUCAUCCGGAUCCUUCCGACCCGAGUUAAUCCAACCCGUUUUCAAACCCAUGCUAGACUUCAUCCGCGAAACCGGUUCUUACCUUAUGGUAAACGUUUACCCUUUCUUCGCUUAUGAAUCAAACGCUGACGUCAUCUCUUUAGACUAUGCUCUUUUCAGACCAAACCCGGGUCAGGUGGAUCCGGGUAACAACUUAAGAUACACCAACCUCUUUGACGCUCAAAUCGAUGCCGUUUUCGCUGCACUCUCAGCUUUGAAAUACGACGAUGUGAACAUUGUCGUUUCGGAGACAGGCUGGCCUUCCAAAGGUGAUAGUAAUGAAGUGGGUGCGAGUGUAGAGAAUGCAGCUGCGUACAACGCGAAUCUCGUCCGUAAGAUCUUGACUGGAAGUGGGACCCCGUUGAGACCUAAAGCAGAUCUAACCGUUUAUUUAUUCGCACUGUUCAAUGAAAAUCAGAAACCGGGUCCCACUUCAGAGAGAAAUUUUGGUUUAUUUUACCCUAAUGAGAAGAAGGUUUAUGAUGUUCCAUUAACCGUGGAGGCGCUUAAGAAUUACCACGACAAUCCUUCACCGGUAGCUGGUGGUGCUAACCAGCCUGCUCCGGCGGAAAGUGGUGGUAAUGGCGGUGUUUCUAAGAGUACAACCGGGAACACGUGGUGUGUUGCGAAUCCUUACGCGGAUAAAAAUAAGCUACAGGCAGCUUUAGAUUUUGCUUGCGGUGAAGGAGGUGCUGAUUGCCGUUCGAUUCAACCUAAUUCCACGUGUUACAAUCCUAAUACCCUGGUUUCGCACGCUUCGUUUGCGUUUAACAGUUAUUAUCAAAAACAAGCACGUGCGGGUGGGAGUUGCUAUUUCGGUGGUACGUCGUACGUGGUCACGCAAGAGCCUAAGUAUGGUGACUGUGAAUAUCCCACUGGAUAUUAAAAGCUGAUUUUGGUGGAAGUUGGUUAGCUUAAUUUACUUUUAGAGACUUUAAUUGAACUGUAUCUAAGUUUUUAUUAUUUUGGAGUAGUUGUUAGUUUUCAUUUGCUUAGACUAGAAGUAGUCGUAUUAAGUUUUCAUUUUGCUAAUACAUUUGAGUUUCUUUAAUAUUAAUCCAAGUUAAGUAAAUAUAAUUUUCUUGCUAAGCUUUACAAAACUAAUCACAUUUGUGGUGAAGCAAUCUUUAUGAUUAAGUCGGAAACUGAUUUGUUACAACACUCGUAUUUAUAGAACUUGUAAACAUCAUAAAUAACUGCUACCAUACCUAACUUGGUAGUUUCGAUUUAAUACUUUGAUAGCCUCAAAGCCAGCUGACACUGCUUGGUACAUGUGGUUCGGCAGUGUAACCACUGAUGACGAUUUGUUAUGUGUAAGUGUAACGUAUUGAGGAGUGCAAGCAACAUUUAUUCAAUGAAGUAUUCAUGUCAUGUUUACUUUACGUGUAAGGAUAGUAAAUUAUUUAUUAUCAAAUUAUUUAAAGGAAAAAGAAUUAAUUGGGAU